AUUGGCCACGGAGCGGGAACGCAUGCGCGUAAGCGGUGAAUGACGCAGCUCUUUGCCCUGCCGCAAGCUCCUCCCCCGCCGCAGUCAGUCACACAGUCAGAGACACCGGGCGCCGAACGUUCACCGCCAGCGUGUACCGGAGUCAGGGGGCGGAGCAGCCAGAGCAAGCGAGAAUCCCGGGACUCGUCACCAUCCAGCUCGUCAGCAGCGGCGGCGGGGCGCACGGCCCGGACUCUGAGGAUGGCUUCCGGAUCAGAAACUAAAAGCGAUGACUUAUCCACCGCUAUCCUAAAGCAGAAGAGCCGACCAAACCGGUUGAUCGUAGAUGAAGCGAUCAAUGAGGACAACAGCGUAGUGUCCCUGUCUCAGGGUAAAAUGGACGAACUUCAGCUGUUCCGAGGCGACACUGUGCUGCUUAAGGGAAAGAAGAGGAGGGAAGCUGUGUGCAUUGUUCUUUCUGAUGACACCUGCUCGGACGAGAAGAUCCGUAUGAACCGCGUUGUGCGUAACAACCUGAGGGUGCGGCUUGGAGACGUAAUAAGCAUUCAGCCCUGUCCCGAUGUGAAGUAUGGAAAACGGAUCCAUGUGUUGCCUAUAGAUGACACUGUGGAGGGGAUCACUGGAAACCUGUUUGAAGUGUAUCUGAAGCCUUACUUCCUGGAAGCUUACAGACCGAUCAGAAAAGGUGACAUUUUCCUUGUGCGCGGGGGCAUGCGUGCCGUGGAGUUCAAGGUGGUGGAGACGGAUCCCAGCCCGUAUUGUAUUGUGGCCCCGGAUACUGUAAUCCACUGUGAAGGAGAGCCUAUUAAACGGGAGGAUGAAGAGGAGUCUCUGAAUGAAGUGGGUUAUGAUGACAUUGGGGGCUGCAGGAAGCAAUUGGCCCAGAUCAAGGAGAUGGUAGAGCUCCCGCUCAGACACCCCGCACUAUUCAAGGCUAUUGGUGUGAAGCCACCCCGCGGUAUCUUACUGUACGGACCUCCAGGAACUGGAAAAACCCUCAUUGCUCGAGCUGUCGCUAAUGAAACCGGAGCGUUCUUCUUCCUCAUUAAUGGACCUGAGAUUAUGAGUAAAUUGGCUGGAGAGUCAGAAAGCAACCUGCGCAAAGCCUUUGAAGAAGCGGAGAAGAAUGCCCCUGCCAUCAUCUUUAUAGAUGAACUGGACGCCAUUGCCCCUAAGAGAGAGAAGACACACGGAGAAGUUGAGCGCAGAAUUGUGUCCCAGCUCUUAACGCUUAUGGACGGCUUGAAACAGAGGGCGCACGUCAUUGUGAUGGCUGCCACCAACCGACCUAACAGCAUAGACCCGGCACUUAGACGCUUCGGCCGUUUUGACAGGGAGGUGGACAUCGGAAUCCCUGAUGCUACAGGCAGACUGGAAAUUCUACAGAUUCACACAAAGAAUAUGAAAUUGUCAGAUGAUGUUGAUCUAGAACAGGUUGCCAAUGAGACUCACGGUCACGUUGGUGCUGAUCUGGCUGCUCUGUGCUCAGAGGCUGCGCUCCAAGCUAUCCGCAAGAAGAUGGACCUCAUCGACUUGGAGGAUGAAACCAUAGAUGCUGAAGUAAUGAAUUCAUUGGCUGUCACUAUGGAUGACUUCAGGUGGGCACUUAGUCAGAGCAAUCCGUCAGCGCUGCGUGAGACUGUGGUUGAAGUGCCGCAGGUCACCUGGGAAGAUAUCGGUGGUUUAGAAGAUGUGAAGAGGGAGCUGCAGGAGCUGGUACAGUAUCCUGUGGAACAUCCAGACAAGUUCUUGAAGUUCGGUAUGACCCCAUCUAAAGGUGUGCUGUUUUAUGGGCCGCCUGGAUGUGGUAAGACCUUGUUAGCCAAGGCUAUUGCCAACGAAUGCCAGGCCAACUUCAUCUCCAUCAAAGGCCCCGAGCUGCUCACUAUGUGGUUUGGAGAGUCUGAAGCCAACGUCAGAGAGAUUUUUGACAAGGCUCGACAGGCCGCUCCCUGCGUCCUCUUCUUUGAUGAAUUGGACUCCAUUGCCAAGGCCCGUGGAGGUAACGUUGGCGAUGGCGGUGGAGCCGCUGACAGAGUCAUCAACCAAAUCCUGACUGAGAUGGAUGGAAUGUCUACCAAAAAGAACGUCUUUAUCAUUGGCGCCACCAACAGACCCGACAUCAUCGACCCGGCCAUCCUGCGUCCUGGGCGUCUGGAUCAGCUCAUCUACAUCCCACUGCCAGAUGAGAAGUCCCGCAUUGCCAUCCUAAAGGCCAACCUGAGGAAGUCUCCAGUGGCCAAGGAUGUAGAUCUUGACUUCUUGGCCAAGAUGACCAAUGGCUUCUCUGGUGCUGACCUGACUGAGAUCUGUCAGCGGGCAUGUAAGCUGGCCAUCAGGGAAUCCAUAGAGAACGAAAUCCGAAGAGAACGGGAGAGACAGACAAACCCUGCAGCCAUGGAAGUAGAAGAAGACGACCCAGUACCUGAAAUCCGCAGGGAUCACUUUGAGGAAGCCAUGCGUUUUGCCCGCCGUUCUGUCAGCGACAAUGACAUCAGAAAAUAUGAAAUGUUCGCGCAGACUUUGCAGCAGAGUCGUGGUUUUGGCAGUUUCAGAUUUCCUUCUGGAGGCCAAGGAGGAGCUGGUCCCAGCCAAGGAGCAGGAGGCGGAACCGGCGGGAGCCACUUUACUGAAGAAGAAGACGACCUCUACGGCUAAGUGAGCCUCAGACGCCGUCCGUAAUUGUACAGCAUUGAAAUUCCUACGUUAAUGGACACUCUCUCUGCUUUUCAUUCCUCAGUCAGAACAGCGUAGCUGCACACCCCACUCCUGUUUUUUUGUUUUGUUUUUUUGUUUUGUUACUUGGGUGUGAGAAGAUGGGUGCCGGGUCUCUCAGGAUUACAGGCCAACUCUUUCUUUCUCCUCUCCACCUCCUGUAAAGUGCUGGCGGGGGCUCGCGUGACGUUCCUGCGGCACUCACGACACCUGGAGCAGGACGAGUAUUUUGUUGCUUGGAUGUUCCGAGCCUUUUUUUUUUUUUGUUUUGUUUUUUUCAUCCUCUGGUCAAGAUCCACAACCAUCUAGACCUUGGACAAAGCUGAGCCUGUUAACGUUUAUUGGCCAUUGUGGUCGGGCUUUUAAAGGGUUAAUAUAUCCCUGUAGGUGCGUUAAAAGAAAGGAGAUUCAAGCAACAAAUGCAUGCCUUGGGAUUGACUUAACACUAUAGUGUGUCCAGGUGGCUGCAGACAAGAACGUGCAGUGUUUUUUAUUUUUAUUUUAUGUUGGUAUUGGGCAUAAUGUUAUUGGAUUAUAUAAAAAACAAACAAAAAACGCAGGUUGACGUCUAACGUGAGAAUAAACUGACUGAUCACUGAUA